CACCGGCAGGAGCGGCUCUAGCAAUGGAAAUAGGCAAAAGUUUGAAGAAGAAGUUUGGGACAGUCCAACAGCCAGCCACAGGAAUUGACACAGAUUACUCCUGGAAAGAAACAUUCGACGCUUGUUUCAUUUUUCCAGAACUCUUUGAUGCAGUUAUUAGAGAAAUUGGGUGACGGAGACCCAUUUUUUGUCAGGUGCAUUAAAGCCAAUUCAAAUCUAGCAGCAAACAACUUUGACCAGAAUGUUGUCGCAGAUCAAUUACGAUACAAUGGAAUAGCAGAAAUUGCAAAGAUAAGAAAAAUGGGUUUUGCAGUUCGCAAAUACUAUACGGACUUUAUCUCAAGAUACCGUUGUUUAUUUCCGUCUCCACCUUUGGAAAGACAGGCGGACGUGGCUCAAAGUGUUCUUCGUUUAGUCCCAUCUAGUUUCCAUAGAGAUUUCAGAUGUGGUACAUCAAGGAUAUUCAUGACGAUCGAGCUAAAUGAUUGGUUUGAGCGAAUUUUGCGUUGUCGUCAAAGAAGAGCUGCUGCUACAGUUACUAGAUGUAUGAGGAAGGUAGCAGAAAUAAAAAAGGAACAGAAACGCAUUGAAGCUCAGAGAAAGAGACGGGAAGAAUUGGAACGAAUGAGGCAAGAGGAAGAAGAGCGGCGCAAAGAGAAGAAUGAAAAGGAUAAUGUCAAAACAGAAGAUAAACCAAAUGGUUUAGGUAUAUCAACUGGAGGUUUGAGUGCAUCCAGAGGAGGUUUUGGUGCUUCCAGAGGAGGUUUAGGUGCUUCAAGGGGAGGUUUAGGUGCUUCCAGAGGAGGUAAAGGUUCAAGGCAAGGUUUAAGUACAUCAGUGACUGGAAAUGAUAGUGACCCCCCUUCUUAUUCAUCGGAGGAUGACUCAUCAUUAACAUCGUCCCCUUUUGACUCUGGAGGACAAUUUGCAGGACUAGGAGACACAUUACCACAUGAUGGAAGAUUUAGAACAUCAAUUGAAUCGACUCGAUCACCUUCUCCUGUUGUCCAUAUCGAUGACGAACACACGGAGAGGAAAGAAGUGGACAAACAUUAUGAAAAGGAAAAAAAGAAGACCGAGUUCUGGGACGUCUGUCAGAUAAUUGCGCGGGAAAGAAAAAUUCGUGACGUCGAUGAGGACAGGGGACUUCAAGUGAUCAAAGUUGUCACUUACAUACUCUUAUUCUGUAUUCUCCUUUGGUGUGCAGUUGCUCAAAAACUCAGCUUGGUUGUCCUUGUGUCACCAGUGAUUGAUCGCACAAAAGAUAAUUCUGUGUCAGAGGUAAAGAAAUUUAGUAAAGAAGCUGCAGCAAAACAUAUUUUGUUGACCAUCGCCAUCCUGAUUCCUUACUGCCUGACGUUUCUAAGCAGUGCCUUUAAAUGGAUGUUUGACAACUUACCAUUUCCUAGCCUAUCAACGAUUGUACUGUGCUUGCUUGUAGAAAUAAUGCAUUCCAUCGGACUUUGUAGUCUGGCGUUCAUCAUUCUUCCAGAAUUGGACAUGGUCCGUGGAAUUCUUUUAUUGGGUGGCGUAGCUGUAGUGCCAUCAAUUCUAUUUCCUGUCUGUGCUUCAGACGUAAAAAGCAGUGGGAAGAAUGCAAAAGAUGAUAAACAAGAUCAGGAGGCGUUGAAGAAUAAAAAAGAUGACAAGCGAGAUCAGGCGGCAAACCAAUCAACCAUAUUCAGACUAGCUGUUUUUGCUCUAAACAUAAUAACAUUAAUAGUGCAAUUUGCAUAUAUUUCCGCUGUUUUAGUGUUAGAUCAUUUUGUCGACGACAGUAGAAUAGACAAUGAAACUAACACUAUUGUCUUUUUCAUAUUAAGUAUGCUUUUUGUUUCUUGUGCAUAUUGGGAAAAUUUCGUAGAUGACAGAUUUUGCUGGACAGAAAAUUCAAAAGGUCGUUGUAAACAGUCUAUAUUGAAGGCAAAAUUUGAACUCCAAGAAGCAAGACCAAUAAUUUCAACAUGUACAAGUUUCAUUAAGAUCGGUACAACCCUUCUUCUUUCAUGGAUUAUUAAGGCGUAUUAUGAAGAAAACAUUGACGAUGACGAUAAUCAUAAGCGUAUUGAGAAAGUAACAUUUUCGGAAGCGUUUGGUGAGCUUAGCGAAAAUGAUUUAAAGCGUAGCGGAGCAAUAAUAACGCUGAUAUUGUCUGCCUUUGUCGGACAUUAUGUUGGAUACACAGCAUGCAAAUUAAAGCUACAACGAUUUUCGUUUUGUAUUCCUCUCAUACUAUCUACACCAUUGGCAGUAGCUAUAGCAGCAGUUGAAUGUUCAAGGGGAGGUGUGCUGAGCCCAUUUACAUCGGAAAAAGGACAAUGCCGAGAAGAUAUUGAAACUUUGAAUGUGGUUUUACACUAUAUUUGUGGCACUGUUGUGUGGAUAUCAUUGUACUGGCUAUGUAGACAUAUAUUUUACCCGGAAAUAGAAAGACUUGCCAAGACCGAAAGAUUGUUUAUGAACCCAUUCUAUUGCGGAAUUCUUUUUGAGCAGCAUCUACUUUUAAACAGACGUCGACACACAAGGAUAGUUUCCAUGAAUAUAAAAGAUAAAAAGGUUCCUUACAGUUUGUCCAAAUUUAACUCGAAAGUUAAUAUCGAGGGUGACGUAGAAGAUGACGUUGCAAGCCAGGCUGAAAAUAAAGAGAAAAAUGAGGACAUUCAUGCAAGUAAUUACAAAAACCCAAAGUUCAGAGACACUCCUAUGAUAUACGCAUGCGCAACAAUGUGGCAUGAGACUAAAUAUGAGAUGUUGCAGCUUAUGAAAUCUAUAUUCAGAAUGGAUAGAGAUCAGUUUGUCAGACGGCAUGCUGAACAAGUAUUCAAUAAGGAAGAUGAAGAUUUUUAUGACUUCGAAGCACACAUUCUGUUUGAUGAUGCAAUGGCUAUAGAUGAUAAUAACGAAUUUGUUCCAAAUGAAUAUGUAAAGUUAUUGGCAACCAUUAUGGAGGAAGCUGCCAGCUGUGUACAUGAACAAUCUAUGAAAAUAAAGGCACCUUACAAAGUUCCUACCCCAUACGGCGGACAAGUCAUAUAUAUAAUGCCAGGAGGAAAUUUCCUUUUCAUUCAUCUGAAAGACAAACAUAAAAUAAGGCAUAAGAAGCGUUGGUCCCAGGUCAUGUACAUGUACUAUUUGUUGGGUUUUCGGAUCGUAAGAAUGUGUGACGAAACGGUUACAGCAGCACUGAACGCAGGGAAAAUAAGUGAUUUAAUUCAAUGGGAACCUGGAAGUGCACCUGGCCCAUCAAUUGGCAGAAGUCAUAUAUUCCAGGCGUUCGAUGACCAAGUUCUUAAAAAGGCACAAAACACGUUUCUGUUGGCACUAGAUGGUGACGUAGACUUCUCACCUGGUGCUGUCCGCCUGCUUCUUGACAGGAUGAGAAAAAGUGACAAGGUUGGUGCUGCUUGUGGUAGAAUACAUCCCAUUGGAAAAGGGCCUGUAGUUUGGUUUCAAAAGUUCGAGUACGCUAUCGCUCACUGGCUACAAAAAGCGACGGAGCAUGUUCUUGGGUGUGUACUUUGCAGUCCCGGAUGUUUCUCUAUGUUUAGAGGGUCAGCACUUAUGGAUGAUAAUGUUAUGAAGAAGUAUACCAUUCUGCCAACAGAGGCUGCACAUCACCUUAUGUAUGAUCAAGGCGAGGAUCGAUGGUUAUGUACUCUUCUUCUACAGCAGGGGUAUCGAGUUGACUAUGCAGCUGGUUCUGAUGCUUUCACAUACGCACCUGAAGGUUUUGAUGAGUUUUUUAAGCAACGUCGAAGAUGGAUGCCAUCUACCGUUUUCAACAUCAUCGACCUACUUGCUGACUAUAAAAAUACAGUUUAUGUGAAUUCAAAUAUCAGCAUGCUGUAUAUCCUGUAUCAGGGUGCAUUAUUGUUGUCUACAAUUGUUGGUCCUGCAACUGUUUUAAUGAUGAUUGCCGGCGCUAACAUGGUUGUCUUCAAAGUCACUGUCAUAUGGGGAUAUGUAAUUGCUCUUGCCCCUGCGAUAUUCUAUUUUAUCUUGUGUUUUUAUGUGAAGGAAAAAACACAACUCCGAGUAGCAGAGAUACUCACAGCACUAUACGCAUUUGUAAUGAUGAUUGUAUUAGUUGGAACAAUAGUUACUGCUGCCCAAGAGAGUCCAUUUCAUCCAAGUGUCAUAUUUUUAGGCUUUCUGGUUAUAGCCUUCACCUUUUCAGCGCUGUUGCACCCAAAGGAAUGGUCAUGCAUCGUUUUUGGUGCUCUUUAUUUUCUUCUGAUACCAACAGGCUUCUUACUUCUCAAUAUAUAUUCAUUGACCAACUUGAAUAAUGUCUCAUGGGGUACUCGAGAAGUACCGAAGAAAAAAACUCAAGCUGAAAUAGAAGAAGAAAAAAGGCAAACUGAGGAAAAAGAAAAGAAAAAGAAAGAAAGAGGAUUUUUUGGUAGACUCUUUCCUACAUUUUCUACAAAAGAAUUUAAAGAUAUUCUGAGCAAAUUUACAGAGAGCCAAAAUGCAAAGAAAGAGGAUGUAAGUUUCCAUGAGACAAACAAAUUGCUUAAAGAAUUGAAUGAGCAUUUAAAGGAAAUUGUUAACCAAAAUAAUAAGCCAAAACCUGCACCGACAGAAACGGUUUUUCUUGAUGACGAUACAACUGAUCAUGACGAACCUGGAAAAACUGAGAGACAAGAACUUGCACAGGUCAAACUUAAGGGUAUAUUAAAACAACCACAUCACUCACAGCAUGCCAAAAAACAUGAACACAUAUCUGAUAGCAAAAGGAAUAUUGACGAUGACUCUGAAGAAACAAUAUACGAUAGGGUUAGAAAGACGCGUAAUGAACUGGUUAAUCCUGCUUGGGCAGAGUGCAAGGAACUUGGAAACGGAAAAGUCAUGAUACUUGCCUCAGAGGAAUUGAAUUUCUGGGAAAGUUUUAUAACCAAAUAUCUCAAACCUCUUAAACCUAAGAAAGAAGAGAUAGAGAACACUGCAAAGAGUUUGAUAGACUUACGGAACAAUAUUGCACUUGGUAUGGCGAUGAUAAAUUUACUAUGGAUUGCCGUCAACUUCAUGUUUCAGUUUGAAAGGCCGACGACCAUAUCGUUGAAGAUUUCUGGAUCGUCUGACAAUCCUGAUAGUCCUGACUACCUGGAGGAAAACCAAGAAAAUACCGAUGGGAGUGCAUCAACUAACAAUGCCAUUGAAGUUGAUUUAUUGGGACUACUCUUUAUUAUUUUUUACUUAGCAAUCUUGUUGCUUCAAUUUAUCGGAAUGAUAAUACAUAGAUGGGGAACGUUCCAGCAUCUAGUAUCCGUAACAAAACUGAAAAACCCUCUUUCCCAGGUGAUUCUUUUAAUAUCCAUUUUGUAUUUAAAUCAUACACUCCAUUGACGUUUGUUUUG